CAACCCCUCACCCCGCGCCGCUCAACUACUUGAGGUCGACAUCUCCAACGUCAACUUCAACGCCAUUGUCCCUUCGCAAACCGUCACUAGGUUAAUCGGAGUUAUAUCACACCUCAAAAUGCCGCUGAUCGCACAAAACCCCCUGCCUCGAGUCAUCCUCGGGCUGAUGACCUUUGGCCCAACCGAGUCCAAGGGUGCCCGCAUCACCUCCCUCGACGAGUACAAUAAGUGCCUAGACUACUUCCAGCAGCAGGGCUUCAAUGAAGUUGACACUGCUCGGAUCUAUGUCGGUGGCGAGCAGGAGGCCUUCACGGCCAAGGCUAACUGGAAGGAGCGCGGCCUGACCCUUGCGACGAAAUGGUACCCGCAUGAACCCGGCGCACACAAGCCUGCUGUGCUGCGCGAGAAGCUUGAGCUGUCUCUGAAGGAGUUGAAUACCAACCAGGUCGAUAUCUUCUAUCUACACGCGCCCGAUCGCUCAGUCCCAUUUGCGGAGACUUUGGAAAUGGUCAAUGAGCUGCACAAGGAGGGCAAGUUUGUCCAGUUUGGCCUGAGCAACUACGCUGCCUUUGAGGUUGCGGAAAUUGUUACCACCUGCGCCGAGAGGGGCUGGGUGCGUCCCACAAUCUUCCAGGCCAUGUAUAAUGCUAUCACUCGCAAUAUCGAGACCGAGCUAGUCCCCGUUUGCCGGCGCUACGGUCUUGACAUUGUUAUUUACAAUCCCCUGGCCGGAGGAUUGUUCUCUGGAAAGUACAAGACCAAGGAUAUCCCCGCCGAAGGAAGGUAUAGCGACCAUAACGGUACUGGAAACAACUAUCGCAACCGCUACUUCCGAGAUGCCAACUUUGAAGCUCUCAGCCUGAUUGAGCCUGUUGUUGAGAAGCAUGGCUUGACGCUCAUUGAAACAGCCUUGCGAUGGGUGCGCCACCACUCGGCCCUGAAGAUGGACGAUGGAGGCCGCGACGGUAUUCUGGUUGGAGUGAGCAGCUUCAAUCAGCUCGAGACUAAUCUGAGGGACCUACAGAAGGGACCCCUGCCGGAGGAAGUUGUGGAGGUUUUGGACCAGGCCUGGAUGGUCGCCAAGCCUUACUCUACAAACUACUGGCAUUUGGACCUGAAGUAUACCUACGACACCCAGGCAGCCCUGUUCAAGCCCAAGGCUAAGGCUUAAUAGUUGGUCGUUAGAAGUCUUAAUUUGGGAGGUGAUUUCCCUAAAAGUACGUGUAUACCUGUGCGAUCCGACGGACGUAGUACAUAAGGGGCAUGGAAUAUAAGCAAAAUUAAGCCGGUGAUCACUUAUGAGUUCAAACUUCAAAGAUAUGAUGAUUUAACAACACG